ACGUGACAUGUCUGUUACUUCUAAGUAUCAGAUGCGAGACAGCUGCUCUCCCAUCAGGUCCUCCGAGUCUCUCUCUCCUCUCCUCUCUCUCUCCCGAGUUUAUCCCGAGUUUUAUCUUUUCAUUUGAGUUGAUUUCCUGUCAGCAUGAUCCGGGUUGUGAUGGAACAUGCCAGAAAGCAUCCAGGGCUCAUCCCUCAGUUCUUCUUCAUCCUCCUGGGAAUGGGCGGAGCCUCCUUCUACCUCAUGCGUCUGGCUAAAGGACCUCACGUCACAUGGAAGCAUGGGAGUAACCCAGAGCCAUGGAACAACCUCAGCCCCAGCUACCAGUACAAGUUUGUAGCGAUCAACACAGACUACAAGAACCUCAAGAAGGAGGGCCCAGACUAUUAAGGCUCUGGUCCGCUUCCAUGGCAACGACUCCUGUCUGUCCCAUCUCUGCUUCCUGUCUGAAUGCUCUGACAUCAUCACAGGCAGGAAGUGACCUCGUGACCAGCUCCAGCAGACGGAACCUCUGAACCACCUC